UUACACAUAACAGGCUGUUUUUUUGAACUGUCAUCAUGCAGCACGACCUAUGAGCACGACUGAGGACACAGAACACAAUACCAACAGCCUGGCUGUGUUUCACCAUGUGACGUUAUUCACACCGUACAGGUAUGUGUUCGGAGUUUCCCGGAACAUUACAUUUCUCCGGAGAGUCAGUAAACAUACCCUGACAGACGUUUCACCGAGAAUGGAGAGCUGUCCCGAACAAACGCCCCUCUUCACCUUCGGGGUGAUAGCGGACAUUCAGUACGCAGAUAUCGACGACGGGUUUAACUUCACCCGGACCCGGAGGAGGUACUACCGGAGCAGCCUCCAGCUUUUAAAAAACGCCAUAGACUGUUGGAGAGAGUCCACCGUGAAACCGGAGUUUAUCCUCCAGCUCGGAGACAUCAUUGACGGUUUUAACAAGAAUCACGACACCUCACACCGAGCUCUGGACACGGUGCUGACCGAGCUCAGCUCCGGGCCCGCCGAGGUCCACCAUGUGUGGGGGAACCACGAGUUUUAUAACUUCAGCCGGAGCGAGCUGCUGCGUUCACGGCUCAACAGCACUCUACACUCCGAGAGGAGCGUGAACGCAGCACCGGCUGACGGUGAGGUGUACGCGUACAGCUUCAGCCCGGUGCCCGGUUUUACUUUCGUUAUUCUGGACGGUUACGAUGUGAGUCUGCUGGGCAGAGAGGAGAGCAGUGACCGGUACCGAGACUCCCUGAGUCUGAUCCGAGAACACAACGACAACGACGACCUCAACUGUCCGGUGUUCAAAGGUCUGGAGGAGAGAUACACGAUGUUUAACGGAGGCUUCAGUAAAGUCCAGCUGGACUGGCUUGAUUCUGUUCUGUCGUCAUGUGAUGAGAAACAGGACCGAGUCACUGUCGUCUGUCACCUCCCCGUCCACCCUGACUCCACCACCCCCAUCUGCCUCGCCUGGAACUACGACGAGCUGCUGGCCGUCCUCCGCUCUCACCGCUGUGUGGUGUGCUUCAUGGCCGGGCACGACCACGAAGGAGGAUACCACAAAGACGAAGACACGGGGACGCACCACCUCACCUUGGAGGGCGUCAUCGAGACUCCGCCCGACAGCAACGCCUUCGCCACCGUCUCCGUGUACGAGGACAGGAUGGAGCUGAGAGGAUACGGGAGGGUUCGGGAUCGGGUGUUCCUGUUUCCGUGGCGACCACAGGAGCAACAUGACGAAUGCAAUGACAGAUUCACGGAUUAAAAUAAAUAUCUGUUAGCUUUGAAUUCAAAGACAGACAUUCAGAUUUAUUUUAUUUCCUUAAUUUGAAGAAGUAAAAAAAAAAAAAACGACCUGCACGGCAGACACACACACA